AUGAGCCACAACGAGCAGAUCAUCGCCGGCUCGGCGAAGCACCCAAUUGUGCCCCAGCACUACAGGUAUGGCACCGCUGGCUUCCGCAUGAAGGCCGACCUCCUCGAGGGCGUGACCUAUCGUGUCGGCCUGCUCGCUGCCCUCCGCAGCCGCAAGCUCAACUCCCAAGCCAUCGGUGUCAUGAUCACAGCAAGCCACAACCCCGCCAUCGACAACGGCGUCAAGAUCGUGGACCCCAUGGGCGACAUGCUUGAGCAGGAGUGGGAGAGAUAUGCCACAGCUCUCGUCAACGCCCCGAGCGACAAAGACCUGGCCAAGAUCUACAAUGCUCUGGCCACCGACCUCAAGAUCGAUCUCGAGGCCCCCGCCAAGGUCAUCUACGGCCGUGAUACCCGACCUUCAGGCCACACCUUGGUCACCGCCCUCGCCGAUGCCCUCGAUGCAACCAAUACCGAGCAUGUCGACUACAAGAUCCUCACCACCCCCCAACUCCAUUACCUUGUGCGCGCCACCAAUAGCGAAGGCACACCCGCCUCCUAUGGCGAGGUCAGCGAAGUCGGAUACUACAAGAAGCUCGCCGAGGCCUUUGUUCGGACCAUGAAGGGCAAGAGAAUCCCUCAAGUCCUCCAAGUAGACUGCGCCAACGGCGUCGGCGGUCCCAAGCUCAAGGAAUUCCUCAAGCACAUCCCUCAAGACAAGGUCCCCUUCGAAGUCCAGGUUGUAAACGACGAUGUCCUCCGCCCGGAGGUCCUAAACCUUGAUUCCGGCGCCGACUACGUCAAAACAAAGCAACGUGCUCCCCCCAUUCCUAAACCCCAACCCGGCCUGAGAUGCUGCUCGCUCGACGGCGACGCCGACCGCCUAAUCUACUACUGGCACGAUCCAGAGACCAACGUCUUCACCAUGCUCGACGGCGACCGCAUCUCUUCGUUGGCCGCCUCCUUCAUCGGCGACCUUGUCGAGUCUGCCGGUCUUCGAGACGAACUCCGCAUCGGCGUAGUCCAAACCGCCUACGCCAACGGCGCAAGCACGCAUUACAUCACCCAACACCUGAAGCUCCCCGUCAUCUGCACCCCCACGGGAGUAAAGCAUCUCCACCACGUAGCCCAGGGCUUUGACGUGGGAGUCUACUUUGAGGCCAACGGCCACGGCACCGUCCUCUUCUCCCCCGACGCCAUCAGCGCCUUCAAGAAGACCACCCCCCAAUCCCCCGCCCAGAAGGAAGCCUUGGACACCUUGGCUGCCUUGACGGAUCUGAUCAACCAGACCGUCGGUGACGCUAUUUCGGAUAUGCUUCUUGUGGAAGUUAUUCUGGCGCACAAGAACUGGAACCUGAGGGACUGGGCUUUGACAUAUCAGGAUCUGCCGAACAGACUUGUCAGAGUGGAGGUGGCGAACAAGGAUGUUUUUAGGACGACGGAUGCAGAGAGGAGGCUUUCUCAUCCGGAGGGGUGCCAGGCCGAGAUUGACCAGGAGGUGAAGAAGUUUAAGGAUGCGAGGUCGUUUGCCAGGGCUAGCGGGACGGAGAAUGCGAUGAGGGUUUAUGCCGAGGCGGCGACGAGGUCGGAGGCGAAUGAGCUUGCGGAGAGGGUGGCUGGGAUUGUGAGUCGGUGGGGUGUUUAGUUGAUGCUUCAGGGCCGAUGCGGGGUUGGUGAGAGGAGGGGUUUGAGCAAGGCGUUUGGGGGGGUUGAUGAUGGUGAAGGGUUUAGGACGAGGGGGAGGGCUAGUACGGAGGGGGUGUUGACGGGAGGACUGAGGAAGGCGAGAAAGGAGCAGGUUAGUACUGGGAGUGGGCAUACGCUUGUUUGGACGACGUUUGAUAUGUCGGUUCAUGAGGGGGGGUUUCCGAGGGGGUUUGAGAUGUUGGCUAAGGCGGGGUGGGAGGGGGAUGGGAGGGAUACGGGGGAGGAGGAACACAUGUGGGAUUUUGAUGAUGGGGAGGGGGCUUGGAGGAGGAUCAAGAAGAGCAAUCAGAUGGGGUUUAGUCCUAGUGAUGAUGAGGAGGAGGGGAUGGGUUCGCCAGUCAAACAAAGGCUAAGGGGGAAAAGUAUGGGGAGUCUGAGGGGGGGUGAUGGUAGGUUGGAGUAUGACAUUUCUUUUGGGCAGAAGAGGUUGGCGAUUCCGCAGACGAAGCUGGAGGAUAUCCUCAGGGAUGGUGAUAAAGAAGUCGGGGAACCGGCGACGUUCUUGAUGAGUCCUUUUGAUUUGGGGGCGAGUAGAAGGGAGUAUUUUGAGGGGGUUGAUCAAGCAAUAGGAAACAAAAACAGCGCGGAUUUCUUUGGGGAUUUGACUUGCCUAGUUCCUAGAAACGAGCUAUGGGGGAUAGACAGUGCUGAUGAAAUUUUGGAGGGUCAAGAAGAAGAAGAAGAAGAAGAAGAAGAAGAAGAAGAAGAGGAAGAGAAACUGCAGAGCUUCGAGGAUAUGCUGGAGAAAUUGGGGAUUCAGUGGGAGGUGUAUAAGGCUAUGGGGGUGGUGGAUGGUGAGGAGGACACACAGGAAAAGGAGUGAGUUUUUGUUAUAGAAGGAAAAUCCCCCACCUACCCGAAAAUUGGUGUUGUUUGAUUGAGCACGGGAGUAAAGCGAGCGAGCAAAGCGGAAUGAAUGGGUUAUAAUGAACUGAGAUGAUGAACUGGGUAACAAAUACAUCGGUGUUAUUAGCAAAAACAAAGCAAAAAAAGAUAUGGGUGGGCAAAAAUAAGGGUCUGCAGAGGUUUAGCAGGUAAGGUAUGUUUAGUGUUGGGUUGGGCU